GGCAGUCGUCGGUCGGGGGAGGUUUUCUGAUGGGGAACUGCGCGGCGUCGCGGCACGCCGGGGAGUCGUGGGCCGACGACGGCGAGUGGGAGGAGGCGUCGUCCACGUCGGAUGACGACCACCACCGCCGCCACCACCAUCACGACGGGUCGGAGGAGCACCUGUCGGAGGUGACGAUCAGGAUCACCAAGAGGCAGCUGCACGAGCUGAUGGAGAGGAAGACGCCCGGCGGCCGGCGUAGCAGCACCCGGCAGCUGCUGGCCGACAUCAUGGACUCCGGGGAGGUGCACCACCAUGACGUGCACCAGGAAGAGCACUGGAGGCCCGCGCUGCGGAGCAUUCCGGAGGCCGUCGAGUCGUGACAAGACUUGGUGGUGGCUACGUACAAACUUACGUACGCUGCACUGCCGAGCUCUCUGGGAAACAGAUUAAAGUUGCCAUUUCCCUCCUAGCCUCUUUUCUCUUUUCUCGUUCCCACGGUGUGUUUCCAUGUCCUUGAAUGGUUGUCCAUGACCAUGCAUGUACAAAGAAUUGGAUUUGGAUAGUUCGUUCACAUUGUCACUGAUGCAGCACAUAAGAUGUACGUCUAGUGAAAUACGUAUAGAAAAUUG